UCAUGGUGACAUGCCUAGUAAAGUUCACAGCAAAGUAAUCAAUUAAAAAACAAUGUUUCGGUUAAAAGGUUAGAAGAUAAAUUGUAUUCAGUGCAGAGGCAGCUGCUGCUGGAGUUUGUGAUGCUGGAGUCUCUGUGGGGGUACGCGCGGAAGGAGACCUUCGAGCUGGUCGAGUGGACAAAAUGCGGCGAGAGUCUCUUGUCAGUGGUACCCACAGUGCUGUGGGCGGCUGGCUCGGCCGCCCUGGCCCACCGCUUACUGUCAGCGCUGUUCCGAAGAUUCGUGUUCAGACGUGUGCCGUUGUGGGAGGUCAUGCUUCAGAACCUGUUGUUCGUGUGGAUGAUAAUAUACAGCGUUCACUUCUGGUUUGUUCUGGUGAGAAUCCUGAAAAUGAUGGUGGAUUACUGGUACCAAGAGACUGACGACAGCGUGCCGACACAAGACGAAGCUCGCAAGAUGAUGCAGCAGUGGUUGAUAUGGAUGUGCGGCGUGGCUCCCCUGGCCGGGUACCUGCAGUCGAGGCCCCGGGCUGAGACACCGCCGCUCAUGAUAUGGAUAACCACCAGUCCCUGGCAGAGAAGGGAGAUGGGACCGUAUGGGUACUACCUGAACAGACCCCUGGUCUCCCUGCAGUCCUCCACCGAGGUCCCGGUCAGACAGCACGUCAUGGCCCUGCGCAGAGCAUUCAGCGACUCCAAGAUCGUGAUCAAAGAACCAACAAAGAAGAAGCGGUACUCCAAAUCUGUAUAG